CGCCGAGACAUCAGCGACUCAAUGUGCUCAAGCGGUAUACAAGUUCCUUGCACGUUUAGCUGCGCUUUCGGAAGCUUAACGGUGAUACACGUAUUCGAUCGAAGCGCUCCGCUGUAUGAGCUGUCACGGCGAUUGUGGAAGGGGUACAGCGUUUGGAAACCUGUAAGAGAACGUCCUCCGCCCGAUACAACCCUCAAGAGAAAAAUACGAUGCGAGUUCUAACAGUCGGUGCCUCUGGUUUCAUCGGCUUUGGGGCUGCCCAGGCCCUAGUGCGCGCUGGACACAUUGUCUAUGGCGUGACGCGCUCAGAGAACAAGAAAAAGAUGCUCGCAGCGGAAGAGAUCAUACCUAUCGUCGCUGAGACUGCGAACCCGUCACCCUGGCUCCCUCUGGUAGCAACUCUAGACGUAGUGAUCGAGGCGAUUGGCGGCUGGGACGUUGAGACCCUCUCCCCGAAGCUCUUGGAUGCCGUUGCUGAGGCUGUCAAGAAACACCGCCCUCCGCACGCUCCGAAGCUCGCCUACAUCUAUACCUCUGGGUCGUACGUCCACGGAGACAACCGAAAAGACAUCAUCACCGACACUACUCCCAUUACUCAACCUAUCGAGCUAAGCAAGUGGCGGGCAGCAUUCGAGCAGAAGGUCGCUACACAUUCUGUCCUCAACGGCAUCGCGAUCCGUCCGGCGAUCAUGUAUGGCAAGUCGGCGUCAUUCUUCGCGGUCAUGUUCCAGGCUGCACGCCCUGGCGGGACUAUCGAAUGGUACGGAAGCCCCGGAGUGAGGUACUCGCUCGUGCAUCAGGACGAUGUCGGUGAAAUGUACCGCCUGGCAGCUGAGAAGUCGGCCGUCAUAGGGGGACUGUGCUUCGAUGUGGCCAACGACUUCACGGAGAGCGUCGAUGACAUACUGCAGAGGCUCGUCGAGGUGUCUGGUGCACAUGGCUAUGAGUAUGUGGAGGCACAGACGCCGCUCGAGCGCGUCUUUGCGUCUUCAUUGCGUCUGCGCCCGUACCUGGCACGUAGCCUACUUGGAUGGCAACCCCGCAAAGCCGGGGUAGUGGACCACAUGGGGCUCUACUACGACGUAUGGAAAGCAUCACUUUAACGGAAGUACUGCUGAGCUCAUUUCAUGUCUGUUAAGUGCUUGAAUGCAUGUUGAGCCUGUCCACUGUUGGUACAUCUUAUGAUCCUAGAUCGGUUACGUGCCUCGAUGUCGCAGUACACUACGAUGUACUCCUAGGUAUAUAUUCACA